AUGUCGGCGAAGCCUUCACAUGCACCACUUCAUCUUAGCAUUUUCAGCCAGGUGUAUCUCAUUGAUGGCAAAAUUGUUCGAAAAUUUCCCGAAGAGUCUUCAUACCCGGACGACCCUACAAUUGCUAUCCUCAAUGAGAAAGUUGCGUACGAGCACAUCGGCAAUCACCCUCGUAUUGCGCAAUGGAUCCCCAGCGAUACUGAUGAUUACAUUGACCUCGAGUACUAUCCGAACGGCAAUAUCCUCGACUAUCUCAAUAACUACAGAGACGAGAUUGCACCUGAUUUAGUGGCACGAUGGGGCUCACAGAUUAUCGAGUCCAUUGCUGUGAUCCACGCUAAAGACAUUAUUCAUUCAGAUCUCAAUCUCAAACAAGUCUUGCUUGAUGACAAUCUCAAUGCUCGACUUUCGGAUUUCAAUGCGUCAGCGUGUCUCGGGCAACCGGCACUUGGGUACGAAAAGGCAACCCAUUGCCUCCCGAGAGAUCAACAAGACCCAAACACCGUUCAGUCUGACUUGUUUGCACUCGGUUCAACGCUCUACGAGCUCGCACAUGGCAAAGGACCAUAUAGUGAGCUAUAUCCUCAGCCGGAUACAUCUAUCCAACCAGAAGAUGCACAAAUUUCUUACUACAAGCUUCGAGAACAGGCAGAUCAGAAAGUUGAACAUCUUUUCAGCCAGAAGAUCUUUCCAGACGUGUCCGGGUCCUUCUGUGGGUGUACCAUCCGGGGCUGUUGGGAAGAGAGAUUCACAUCGGCUGAAGAAGUACUCUCAUCAUACAAAGAUGAAAUCACCAAGUCUGGUCUCGGAGGGGACGAUCACAUAUGA